GCAAAACAUUUGAUAGAAGAGAGGCAAAUUCAUACUGUAAAGUUAAAUACUUCGCGGUGAAAGAGAAAAAAAGGCACAGACCAAAAUCAAUGUAAUGCCCUUCAAUUUUAAUUUUGUGCCAUUUUUAGCUCUUUACAUGUGCCAAUCCAAUCCCAGCCGUGGUACAUUCUCUUGGGGCCAGAAAAACCAUGAACACGCCGUGGCGUCGGAAUUGAAUGCGCGCGUGCGCACGUGUCGAACGCUACAACAAUUUUCUUCUCCAAUUCAAUACUAGUACUAUAACAUAGAAGAUUAGACGGUGUGUUCUUCUUUUAAACCCUUGUUUCACUUUCCGUUUCAUCUUUCUUUUUUGUUGCUCAGCAAUCCCUCCCAUUUUUUUUCCUUCAAUCUGCUUCAAUGGAAGGUUUGGCUUCCCUCAAGGCUCCCUUUCCGGCCACCCCAUUUCUCUCUUCCAGACCCAGAACCUCUAUUCUUCCAUCCCAAGCCAGUUUUCGUAAAAGAAGCUCCUUUUUAUCCUUUUCUGUUCAUGCCCAGGUGGAGUCUGAUGAUGGUUCAGCUGUAGUAGCCACAUCUGGUGAAUCUGUGACAGAGGUUCUGAAAAUUAAGGAGUGGGAGGUGGGAAUGUUCCAAAAUGAGGUUGCAGCUAGCCAGGGUAUAAGAAUAAGGAGAAGGCCUCCAUCUGGACCCCCUUUGCAUUAUGUAGGACCAUUUCAAUUCAGGUUGCAGAAUGAGGGCAAUACGCCCCGGAACAUUUUGGAAGAGAUUGUGUGGAAUAAGGACACAGAAGUCUCACAGCUUAAAGAAAGAAAACCCCUUGGCGUGCUGAAGAAAGCUCUUGAAAAUGCACCUCCUGCUAGGGAUUUUAUUGGUGCUCUAAAGGCAGCCAACGAACGAACUGGACUUCCAGGGUUGAUUGCUGAAGUGAAGAAGGCAUCACCAAGUAGAGGUAUCUUGAGAGAAGACUUUGACCCAGUUGAAAUUGCUAAGGCUUAUGAGAAAGGUGGAGCAGCAUGUCUAAGUGUUUUGACAGAUGAAAAGUAUUUUAAGGGAAGCUUUGAAAAUCUUGAGGCAAUAAGAAAGGCUGGCAUAAAGUGCCCUUUGUUGUGCAAAGAAUUCAUCAUAGAUGCAUGGCAACUCUACUAUGCUCGAACUAAAGGUGCAGAUGCAGUCCUUUUAAUUGCUGCUGUUUUGCCUGAUCUUGACAUCAAAUACAUGAUUAAGAUAUGCAAAUUACUCGGAUUGACUGCGCUUGUUGAGGUUCAUGAUGAGAGGGAAUUUGAUCGUGUUCUUGCAAUAGAGGGGAUUGAGCUUAUUGGCAUUAACAACCGCAAUCUUGAAACAUUUGAGUUGGAUAUCAGCAUCACAAAGAAACUUCUUGAAGGAGAGCGAGGCAAAAUAAUCCACGAGAGAGGCAUAAUUAUGGUUGGGGAAUCUGGUCUCUUUACCCCGGACGAUAUUGCCUAUGUUCAGGAAGCUGGUGUUAAAGCUAUAUUGGUUGGAGAGUCUAUUGUAAAACAAAGUGAUCCUGGAAAGGGAAUCAGCAAUCUCUUUGGCAAAGAUAUCUCUUUGGGUUGAAGUGAGCUAUAUUUCUUGAGAUAUAAGCUUUUGAGAUGACAGAUUUUGCUCAGGUUAAUGAUUUGAUACCUUCGACCUUUGCUUGUACCAAAUUAUCAAAAUCUUACCAGUAGCAAAUAUGUACCAAAAUAAACUCUUAUUGUUUAAUAAUACUUUGCAACUAAAUGAUAUCAUUUUGAGAUAAUAGUUUGGCGACAAUUUGUCUGUGUCCUUAA